CACCAGCACCACACAAAACCAGAUGCCAGUGGCGCGUACCGAUAGCCAAAAGUCAAACAGGUCGCUGCAGUUGACAAAACGUACGAAAAUCGGCGGUGCCGGCUACACCAACCAGGAGGCGACAAACACUUCACUUUUGGAAUUCGAAAAAUAUCGCGAAGAAUUUCGCAAACAAAUCAAAUACACCGGAAGCAUUUAUUCGGACUUUGCUAAGCUGGCAUCCGAACUGCCAUACUUUAGCAUUAGCGACGAGUACCGCGCUUUCUCGCCCAACGGUAUGCAUUUAAUUAUCUGUGUUCACGGAUUGGAUGGAAACGCAGCCGAUUUGCGAUUGGUACGCACCUACCUGGAGUUGGGACUACCCGGCGCUAAUUUGGAAUUUCUAAUGUCGGAACGCAAUCAAGGCGAUACAUUCUCCGAUUUCGAAACAAUGACCGAUAGACUUGUCGCUGAAAUACUGUAUCAUAUCGAGACGUGUGGCCUAAAUCCGACGCGCAUUUCAUUUGUCGCUCACUCCUUGGGUACAAUCAUUGUGCGUAGCGCCUUGGCACGCUCACAAAUGCGCCCGCUACUGCCGCGCCUACAUACAUUCCUAUCGUUGUCUGGGCCGCAUUUGGGCACACUCUACAACACAAGCGGGCUGGUCAAUAUGGGCAUGUGGUUCAUGCAGAAAUGGAAGAAAUCCGGCUCUCUCCUACAGCUUUGCAUGCGCGAUACAGCGGAUCUGCGUAGCUCGUUUCUCUAUCGGCUGAGCCAGCGCAGCACGCUGCAUCACUUUAAGAAUAUACUGCUCUGCGGUUCCAGUCAAGAUCGCUAUGUGCCAGCGCAUUCGGCGCGUUUAGAGCUCUGCAAGGCGGCUAUACGCGAUAAUUCCAAUUUGGGAACGGUUUACAGGGAAAUGAUUCAUAACAUAAUCGCGCCAAUAUUAGCACGCACCGAAUUGAAUUUAGCCCGUUACGAUGUUCAUCAUGCGCUUCCGCAUACAGCAAAUACGCUCAUCGGUAGAGCAGCGCAUAUUGCUGUACUCGACUCGGAAUUAUUCAUAGAGAAAUUUUUAUUGAUCGCCGGUUUGAAAUAUUUCAGUUAACCACAGAGAUCAGUACUUUAAAGACAAUUGAUUGCUGCGUAUGGACGAUAGGGAUUGUGAGCGGAGAAAUUGGGCACUGUUAAAAAAAAAGUUAGCAUUUAGUCGUAGUUACUGUUAUACGCCUUAGAGAACAGAUUAGGGUAAACAUACGAAUUGAUCAAGUAUUAAGCAGGGAUUCACAACUACAUAGAAAAUUGGGCGCUGGAAUUUGAAAUGUAUAAGGGAAAAAUUUAAACUUUUUCUAAAAAUGCCAUUACCAAACUUUAUUCUUUUCUUAGUCCUCUCAAAAUAUCGUGGGAAUAUUCGCGUGAGGGAAAAUUUUUUUUUUUAUAGAUCCACGGGACUUCGGUUUUUUUGUAGAUUUUAUUUAUUGCAAAAUGCAAUAGAAGGGCACCCGCCUGUCACCACUCACUCGGCUUGACAGCUCUCCUCUCAUAUUAGUAGUCGGGCUAAUCAUCGGGCACUGCCGAAUGGGUACGCAUGAUAAAAGGUUGGGAUACUCAACGAACGACUUUUGUGGCAGCUGCAGAGACGAGGAAUAGGUGGAGAGCAGCGAUCACUAUCUCGCCACAGUACCGCCCUAGCCAAAAUGCGCAACCACUUCUUCAGCAAGUAUUUUUCAGAUUUCUUGGCCUUUCUAAACUCAACGGACAUUCAAAUUGUUUGUGCUAUAUAAAAUGUAAUCGGUGGUUCAACUAUUGAGGGUGGGAAAGAAGCAAAUGGCUUCCGUGCAUAUGUACAUCGAUACAUCGAUGUUUUUUGAAAAUUGACAUCUCUAAUACAUCGAACCGCCAUAUUAGUUUUUAAAUUAUGAAUACAAAAAAAAAAACAGCGAGUUUGGAAAAAAAAUUGAAAUG